AUGGGUUUGAAGCCCUAUGUCCUCAAGAUUGCCGAGCUCUGCCGACCAGACCACCAGACGAUAAUGUGGGUCAGGUUCUGGCAAAACGAGCUCAGGCCCUUUGUCGAGGACCUGCUCAACGACUACAUCGAAAUCGAGUUCGGGAAGACGCAGCUACCAGCUCAAAACAGCGUGGAGAUGACUGUCGACGUGUGCCAGGAGGAAGAGAAGGAAACGAAGCUAGCUGAGCUCUUCGACGACGUCCUCAAGGAGAAGUCAAAUAAAGCCGUUGCGUUCACCGACACGAGGAUUAAGGCCGACGAAAUUGCGUGGAAGCUGCGACUCCGGGGCUGGUCUGCCAUCGGCCUUCACGACAAGAAGACGAAAGAGCUACAAGACUGGAUAGUUUCCACGUUCCGGACUGGUACGUAUAGCGUGCUCGUGACGACGGACAACUGUGCGCAGGACUUGGUCCUCGAGAACGUGUCCCUGGUGGUGAACUACGACUGCCCGGACUGCUCGGAGGUCUACGUGCGGAGGUCGAGCCACGUCGCGCGCUCAGGUGAACCAGGCGUGGUUCACACAUUCAUCAUUCCGACUCAGAAGCCACAUGCCACAAACCUUAUAGCAAUUCUGGAGGAUGCCAAGCAGCCGGUUCAACCAGAUCUGUACCACAUGGCAAAGACAGCGCGUUCCAAACAAUGA